AUGGACGUCGCCAGCCUGGCCGUCGCAGCUCAGGGUGGUCCAGGUUCGCGUGAGCCAUUGGCCAGAGGCGAGGGAAGCGCUGGGCUGGCAGCGCCGCCGGUCUUCGGUGGCGAGCCAGCAGAGAGAUGGCGUUUCGCCGAGAUCCAGACCGUGGAGCGCCGAAUCGUGCAGGUUGGCGUCGAGCGCCGCAACGAUGUGGAGCUCCAGCAGCAGAUCAGCACCUAUGUGGCCGGCAUCGUUGACCUCCAGCAGGGCAGGCACGAGCUGGAGACCGUAGGUAUGCGCUUGAGGGUCACUGAGGCAGAGCUCGAGACGGCGAGGGACGGCCUCAGGCUCGAGUACGACGAGGCCAAGCAGUACUUGAACCACGAGAAGAGCGAGUACGAGCAGCAGAUCCGUCGUGCUCGGCAUGCGGCUACCACCCACAUCCAGCAGGAGUUGCAGCAGUGCGUCGUGGAGCGCGACGCUGCGAUGGUGCGGUCCAGGGAUGUCCACAAUGCCGAGAUGCGGGUAUUGGAUGCCGAGGCCAAUCACGUCUUGGUUACAGGUCGUGCUGAGAACGAGCUGCGGUCUGAAGUCGGAGCGAUUAAGAGGGCGCGAGACACGCUUCAGGCCGAGUGGACCGAGGCGACCGAGCAGGUCCAGAGCGCCGAGGCGAAGGUGCAGCAGAGAGGCAUCGCAAAGGACCAGGACUUCGAGCGUCUCAAGGCGGAGGCGAGCGACUUGAAUUUCAAGUCGCAGGAGGAGUCCGAGAUCGCGCAGUUGGCGCGUCGGCGGCUGACUACACGUGCCCAGUCGUCGGACGCCCAGCUGCGCGGGGAGCUCAACGACGGGGCCAUGAAGUGCGAGAUGGUGGAGGCCGACGCGUCCAGGCAGAUCGCGGCUGCGUGGGCCGAGUGCGACAUGAAGGCUUUGCACAACACCGAGAAGGAAUACUACGAGCACGAGGUCGACGAGUUGCGCGCCGAGUCCCGCGAGCUGAGGGACGAGAAGGCGGCCUUGGCGAGGGCGGCCCAGGAGCUGAUGGACAUCCAAGCUCCAGGACCGCAUGAGCAUGAGUACGCCGAAGGCCAUUGGGAGCAGCAGGACGACAUGGAUUUCGUCAGUCGGACUGGACCAGUCGAUCCAGGACCUGCGGUCCCACCAGGACUCUCGAGGCAGUCGGCGGCAACGCCGGGUGCGUCGUCCCAGGACGCUGGCAUCGCCGCAGCCAUGAUGGAGUUCAUGCGCCAGAUGGCCGACCAGCAGCGUGCUGGGGUCGAGGAGCAGAGCGCGCUGCUGAGGGGGCUUACGCGCGCCCAGGAGAGCUUGGCCGAGGCACAGCGCGAAUCCCAGUCGAAGCUGAAGCCAGCGAAGCCUUCGCUCACGGGCAAGGAUGCGAGCACCUUGAAAGUCGAGCUUGAGAAGUUCCGCACCUACCAGAACGAAGCGCGCCAGAACAGCAAGGCGAUCUGGUUCGAGGGCGCGAGGGCCAUCGCUGAGGGCACCGCGAAGAUCGAGCUCGAAGACAUGAUCGUUACCGAGAUGGGUGGCGAGGAGGCCUUCCAGAAGCUGGUUCGUGUUCGGGACGAUCCGCGAUGGGACCUCUACUGGUCUCGCUACGGUGCAGUAG